AUGACUACCGCAAAGGCAGUCAAGUCCGAACAAGGGCUCGGUAACCGAGCCCUUCUGGAGAAAAUGGACAAGCUUCGAGAGCUCGGCAUAUCCAAUAUGGUGCCUCUUCCUCAGGUGAUGCAUCAAGAACAAGGACGAAAACGGCGCCGAAUUGCAGCCAGAAAGAAAAUAAAGGAGACGAGGAGCAACGCCACAGUAAAGCUUGCCGAGCACCAACUCUGCCAUGCUAUGACCCCAUGGCUAACAAUAAUAGCAAAGACAUUCGUCUCUCAUUCCCUCGCUACCCGGAUGAUAGCAUCUGGAGCUGGUACCGUGCAGACCUAG